AGAACCAAUAAUAACAGAAUUGUCCUCAGCCACAACAACUGAGAGCACAACUGUUAGUACAACAGAGACAACUACACCAGCCACAACAACUGAGAGCACAACUGUUAUUACAAAAGAGACAACUAAACCAGUCACAACAACUGAGAGCACAACUGUUAGUACAACAGAGACAACUAAACCAGCCACUACAACUGAGAGCACAACUGUUAGUACAACUGAGACAACUAAACCAGCCACAACAACUGGAAGCACAACUGUUAGUACAACAGAGACAACUACACCAGCCACAACAACUGAGAGCACAACUGUUAUUACAAAAGAGACAACUAAACCAGUCACAACAACUGAGAGCACAACUGUUAGAACAGCUGACACGACUACACCAGCCACAACAACUGUUAGUACAACCAAAAUAUCUACAAGACCAACAAUAACAUUGUCAGCAUUCAUAACAAGUAUCACAAGUACAGCAGUUAACACAAGAACAAAACCAACAACUUCUGUUUUUACUUCAUUGACUCCCUCUUCAACUACCUUUACCACUACGACUGGUAGUACAACUAGAACAUCAACAAAGUCAGUUGCCUCAACCACUAAUACAACCACUGCUCUAACCACUUACACAACUGCCUCAACCACAAAAACAACAGCAACAAGACCCUUGACAAUUUUGGCAACUACAGUGGUUACAAUUACAACUACGAAAUCUGUACCCAUGUAUAUGACAGACCUGAUUUUCCGCUCUCAGGACACAUUUAUUCCUGAACUCAACGAUUCAAACUCUCCGGCCUUCAAGGAGAGGGUUCUGCUCGUCAUUGCCGAGAUUGAACCAAUCUACAAAAAGAAAUAUCCUUCUUCCUUCAUCAGAGUGCUUGUCAAAAGAUUCAGCCAAGGGUCAAUCAUCACAGAAACACAACUGGUUUUCAACUCCACGGCACAGAUCCCAACUGUUCAAGAGGUUUUAGACACCCUUCUGUCAGCAGUGUUACAAGGAGGUGCCGAUCCACUGAAGAUCCUUCCUGCAUCAAUUUCAGUCAAUGGUUCAGUUAUUGCUACUACGACUGUAGCUGCUUCAACUUCGACUGUGGCUGCUUUAACUACAUCUUCAAGUGGAUUAAAGAUUGAAUCCAGUCUGCUUCAAAUAACAUGGCUCUUUAUUAUGGCAAAAAUAUUAAGAGGUUGUCUUUAAAUCCUUUAACAAUGAGUCAACUAAGGAUUUACAACUAACGAAUUUGUUAAAGCAUGCUUUGUAUGUUUAUAAUGCAUUAUUUACUGUUGUUGCUCACUCUUAAAAUAUAUAUGAGAUGGCAAUACCAAAAUAGAUGGCAUAUGAUUGAUAUAAAUUGCAUUGAUUUUCAAGGGCGCAAUUUGUAAAGAGAAAAAUUAUUAUAUAUGAAUUAGAGGCUGUCGAAAUCAAUCCUAUUUUGAUCUUUUCCUUUUGUCUAGUAUAUGAAAUUGCAAGAUCUUUUUAUUUAUUUUAGUAAUCAAACAAACAUAUUUAUUGAGUUCAUAUAAUCCAAAAUAGUUUCAUAUGAAACGAGAAAGAGAAAGAGAAAAUCAAGAGUUCAGAAAAAAUAUGAAACACAUUUUUAAUGUAUUUGUUUACAUCUAAAUA